AUGGAUGCUGAGAUGAGCCAGGAGGAGGAGGAGGAGGAGGAGGAGAAAGAGAAGAGCAUCAUGGAUGCUGAGAUGAGCCAGGAGAAGGAGGAGGAGGAUGAGAAGAGCAUCGAUGAUGCUGACAUGGCAAGCCAGGAGGAGGAGGAGGAGCAGCAGCAACAGGGGGACCAGACGUACCAGCUGUAUUUGUCAUCAGAGGAGGACGUGGAGGAGGUCCCCAGCCACUCAGACUCUGAGCCCUCAUCAGUCAUUUUGUCAAUGUCAGAUACAUCUGACAGCGACCUGAUUCAGACUACAGAGGUCUCUCACCAGAUGUCUUUGACUGAGGUUGAAGUUGGUGGAAAUGUUACUCUUCAAUGUCCAGUUUCUGCGACGGAUGGCAAUUUUUUUUACUGGUACAAGCAGUCUCCUGGACAUACAGUUCAAAAAGUUGCUUCUGUAAUUGUUGGCAAAUUAACAGUUGGUGAACAAGUUUCACGGUUCACAUUAACACAAGAGGAUGCUCAGUAUUUUCUUACCAUCAGAAAUGUCAACAAAAUGGAUGAAGCAGCAUACUUCUGUCAGAUUGGCACAGCGUAUUUACAGAGUUUGGUCAGUGUCACCUUCUUGGCUGUGAACGAUGGUAAUCAGCAGAAAUCUUUCUACGUGAAACAAAGCCCGGAGACUGAGUGGGUCCAGCAGGGCGACCCAGUGACUCUCCAGUGUUCUCUUCUCUCCAAGAACAAAGAAAACACAGACCAGUGUCCAGCUGAACACAAUGUUUACUGGUUCAGAUCUGGAUCAGGAGGAUCUCAUUCAGAUGUUCUUUACACUCACAGUGAUGAACAAGAGGAAAUAAGUUGUGUCCACAGUCUGUCCAAAACUAUACAGAACUCCUCUGAUACUGGGACUUACUACUGCGCUGUGGUCACAUGUGGACAGAUCCUGUUUGGUGAAGGAACUAGAGUGGACAUGUUUAUACAAUUAUAG